CAGUCUCCAUACAUCUAUCAAGCAUGUAACAAGUUACAGUGCUCCAUUAAUUAUUAUUUAUGUAAUAUAUACAACAUAAAUAUUUAAAUAUAUAAAAUGUACGGCUUGGAAGGACGAUGCAAUAUUAAUAAUUGUGUGCUUUGAUCGUUAGUCAGCCAUUUUUAUUUAUCGGAAAAAGAGAAUAAGGAAUUCUAUACCUUAACACGUGCGAAGAGUCUUUUAAAAUUACAAUUGUUUAUGAUACAGUACAAGCCGGUCACGGCAACGUAUUUUCAAAUAAACAAUAAAGAAACAGCAAAUAUUUUUAUUAUUUCUGAUAAAUAUUUGUGUUAACAAAUAUCGAUUCAAUAUUGACAUUAUUAUUUUAAUUUUUUAUAUCCUGUUUUACAAAACUGAAGUGAUGGUUUCGUUUUCGUUGGAAAAAAAUGGUAAUUUCAUCAACUGAAUUUUUGUGUUAGUGUACAAAGUGAAAUUUUUCAAAAUGUUGGGAAAAAACGCGAAACUAUUUUUCGGCGUGUCGAUGUGUGUGCUGAUUGCUGCCAUAGUGUUGGCGACAUGGGGAUUCCCAAAAAUUGUCCAGAGUCAAAUUAAUAAGAAUUUACGGCUGGAAAAUUCAUCGGCCAUGUUUGAGAAAUGGCGCGUAAUGCCCAUCCCGCUGACGUUCAAAGUGUACGUCUUCAACGUGAUCAACGCUGAGGACGUCAACGAAGGAGCGAAGCCUAUAUUGAACGAAAUAGGCCCCUACGUCUAUAAAGAAUACAGAGAGAAGAGGAUCUUGGGCUACGGAGAGAAUGACACCAUCAGGUACAUGCUGAAGAAGACAUUCUACUUCGACAAGGAGGCGUCGGGAAACCUCACGCAAGACGACGACGUCACUGUCAUCAACUAUACCUAUUUGGCUGCUCUGCUAACGGUGCACGAGCUGAUGCCCAGCGCGGUGGGCCUGGUCAACUCGGCUCUCGGCAGCUUCUUCACCAACCUCACCGACCCGUUCCUGAGGGUCAAAACGCGAGACCUUUUCUUUGACGGCAUCUUCCUCAACUGUGCUGGAGAAAAUUCCGCUUUGAGUUUGGUGUGCGGAAAAAUAAAAUCAGAUAAACCACCCAACAUGCGGCUCACAGAGGACGGCAACGGGUUCUACUUCUCCAUGUUUAAUCACCUGAACACAACAGAAUCCGGUCCAUACAACAUGGUCCGCGGCACAGAGAACAUCCAGGAGUUGGGGCAUAUAGUGGCCUACAACGACUUGACCACCAUGCGGCAGUGGGGCGACCCCUACUGCGGCCAGCUCAACGGCUCAGAUGGGUCCAUAUUCCCACCGAUGAACCUGGGACCACCUGAGAGGGUUUAUAUUUAUGAACCGGAAAUAUGCAGAUCGCUGUAUAUAAGCCUGGUUGGCGAGAGGAAUAUUUUCAACAUCAGCGCGUAUUUGUAUGAAAUGGACGAGAGCGCACUCGCCUCGAAGCUCUACAAUCCAGAUAACAAGUGCUUUUGCAAGAAAAAUUGGAGCGCGAACCACGAUGGCUGUCUGCUCAUGGGGCUCCUCAACCUCGGCCCGUGUAAGGGUGCUCCCGCCCUCGCCUCACUGCCUCACUUCUAUCUCGGCUCCGAGGAAUUGCUGGAGUACUUCGAUGGAGGCCUCAGCCCCAAUAAAGACAAACAUGAGAGCUAUGCUUAUCUUGACGCGACCACGGGCGUGGUGCUGAAGGGCGCACAGCGUCUGCAGUUCAACAUCGAGCUCCGGAAUAUGAAGGCUGUCCCGCAGCUGGAGAACGUGCUCACUGGGGUCUUCCCGAUGAUGUGGAUUGAGGAGGGAGCAGAAAUCCCAGCCGACCUCCGCGAGGAGUUGCACCAGGCACACACCCUCCUGGGCUACGUGGAGGCAGUGCGCUGGGCUCUGCUGGGCCUCGCCAUCCUGCUGUGCGUCGCAGCUGCCGCGUGCGUGUCGCGCGCCGGCCUCAGCCCGUGCAAGCGACACCACAGCAGCGUCAGCUUCAUACUGAGGCCGGGGAACAACUUUGACGUCAAUAAAGGGCAAUAGAUAAUGUG